AUGAUCGAAUUCGACGAAGAUCUCUCGCCCGUACUUCUGAUUGUUCGCGAUACUCGUGAGCAUGUCUUUGGAGCAGUGGUGUCGGGGGCAAUUCGUCCUUGCGAUCACUACACGGGCACCGGCGAUUUGCCUUUUUUUCUGAUUGAGCGAUCCUUGGCGAGCGCCAACAACAGAGAUUUGCGGCACUUCGGCUGGACCGGUGAGAAUCAGUUCUUCGUUAAUGCAGCCAAAGAUUCGCUGUCGAUCGGUGCUGGUGGUGGACAUUACGGUCUAUGGCUUGAUGCUGAUCUAAAUCAUGGCCGAUCACAGCGAUGUGACACGUUUGAUAACGAACCACUAUCGGGCGAUAAAGAAGACUUUAUCGUGCAGUUUAUUGAAGCAUUUGGCUUCAGAAUGUAA